AUGUCUGGGGAGGGUGAUCGUGUCUCUCGUCCCAACUCCUUAGUGCUGGAGGCACCGGCGCCCGAGCGCGAGCCGCUGCGGUUCGAUGUCCAGCUCGUCGGAGCCCCUCCGGAGGUCGAGCAGCUUGUCAACAAUAUAAAGCAAGUUGCUGAAGAUUUUCUUUACCAUUGGAAAACAUUCCCUAUUGUGCUUCCCCCGUCAAGAUUCACGGGCCCCGGAAAUCGCCCCUCGGAUAUAAUAGUCUCGCCACCGUGUGACGAGCUCGAGGCCGCCGCACUUGACGCGGGCAUCGAACCCCACCCCCUCUCGCCGAAACAACUACACUCCAUACGAGAGAAAGGCGAGUUCGAAGUACCGUCGCGUCAGUUCCCCGGUCAGACACACGUAUGGCGGGUAGCCGGGUGGCUGCAGAGAGGGAGCGUGAGGGCACGCGAGGAGCUGUAUUGUCACGUAGCGAGGGCAAUCGCCCUCGUGGUCGUAGUGUCUAGAGAUAGGCUAUUGAAGGACGAACCCCUCUCGCUAAUCGCCGGUGCGAAGUCGUUCUUGGAGGGUUUGCAUAGGUUAAUGGACAUCAUCUUCGGAAUGCCGUCGCUCGAAGCGCGUGAUCUGGAUAAGAAAAUACGCGAAGAACGCUCAAGAUAUCUAGUCGCUGAACUAAUUUGUAAACCAGAAGAUCAGGAAGAUAUAGCGGCUCUAGCGGCAUGGGUGACGAGAGAAAUGAGACCUAAUAAGAUAAGAGAUGCCAGAGGGGAUACAAGGAACGCACCUAGAGUGCCCUACCUCUACACUACACCACAGAGAACGCAGGUGGAUCUAAGGUUAUUCAGACGAAAAUUACUUCGUCGUGCUGCUCCAUAUCUUCAAACAAUCUUAGACAGAGAGUCUCGGGGCUGGUUCCUACAUUUCCGCGAACGAAGGGCCGCACUGCUUGCAAGUCAGAAGGUGCCUAUGAAAGAUAUUGAGGAGGAAGUGAGUUCGGCUGCAAUGCGUGAAUACGUCUCGCGUGUGUGUAACGCGGUGCUGGAGUGCGAACAACUGACGACCUUGGGGCCCGCGAUACCUGACCUGCUGGCCGCCCAGCUCAGAGCUGCUGUCAUUGUGAACAGAGCUGAAGAAGGCGUACGAAAAAAACUAGAAGCCGGCUUAGCAACCGCUGAAGCGAGGAUCCGAGCCGCCCAUCCGAUCCUGUCCCGAGCUGAUGCGUGGAUGAAGGAGAAGCUGGCUGCGGCCGCGCAAACCCUAAGGAGUGAACUGCGCUGGACGGGCAUGGAGGACGCCGCAAACGCCAUGCAGGCCCACAAGCUGUCGCAACACCGAUACUUCCUGUUACGAGACCUGACCUUCUUGAAGGAUAGGGAGCCGCUGCUCAUGAAGGAGCUGCGAGCCGCCCAGACGCCGACGCGCGAGUUCACGUGGGCGACGUACAUCUGGCUGCCGCGCAACUGGAAGGUGUUCCGCGAGUUCCGCGGCCGCACGGAGCGCAUCCCCACCGUCAUCAGUGGCCGCGCCACCAACAUCGUGACGCCGCGCUCCGACCCCAGCCAGCCCGUGUUCCUGCUGCGCGCCGAGCGCGUGCGCGUCAGCACCACGCGCUGGCCCGGCUGGCGCCUGCUCAACCUCGCGCACAGGACGUGGUCGUGGUCGUGGAACCUAAUGUUCGUGCUGGGCGUGCUGGUGCCGUGGAGCUCGCGCGUGUCGCUGCGCACCCUCCUCUGUGUAAAGCCCUUCGUGCCCGACCUCGAGCAGUCGCAGGUUAACGGAACACUAUUCCCGAAGCGCAGUAGCGAAAAACAGACGAUGUGGUCGCUGUUGCUGAAACUUUGGCGACAUGUGUCGAAGGAGAGGACGCGGUUUGAAACGGAACCGGAUACAGGUCUACUGGGCAAGGGCCUGAGCCGACAGGCGAACCGAGUGUGGAACUACGGCGUGAUAGGCGGGCUGGGGUCGCUGGGCCUGCUGCUGGGCUUCCCGCUGCUGGCGCUGGCGCUGAGCGCGCUGGCGCUGCUGGCGGCGGCCAGCGUGCCGCUGUGGCUGCCGGCCGCGGCGCUGGCGGCGCACGCCGGCGCCGCGCUCCUCUACGACUUCGACUGCCCCGACCCCGCCAGGCUCAACAGAUUUUUCGUCUUGUUUGAAGUGUUGAUAUGGCGAAUCGGAAUACUGGGUCUAUUACAGCCGAUCAUUGCAUUUUUGGUUGCCGUCUUAUUUUGUCCUCUUGCUGCAUUCAUUUUACUUGUGGGCGGAGUGAGCUGGUGGCUGGCGCGCGGCGCGUGGGAGGCGCUGGCGUGGCGCGCGCUGAUCGUGCGCGCGGCGCGCGUGCCGGCGCACGACUCGCGCUUCUGCCGCCGCGUGGCCGGGCCCGCGCUGCACGCGCACGCCGCCUACCAGAUCUCCGCGGCUCAGGCGCUGGCGGCGGUGUGCGCGCGCGCGGAGCUGGAGGCGCUGGCGGCGUGGGCGGUGCGUGCCGAGGCCGCCGUGGAGCGCCCGCUGCGCGACUACGAGCACUUCGUGCGCGCCUGCUUCGGGCCCUUCUCCGUGCAGAUUGCCAAGACGGGGUCGUACAGGCAAGUGGAAAAGGAGUGCGGCGAGCUGGUGUGGUCGGUGCGCGAGAAGGUGUCCGCGCGCCGGCGCGACCUGGCGCUGCCGCUCAGCGACGCGGCGCGCGCGCGCGUGCGCCUGCCGCCGCCGGAGCUGCGGAGGGCGGUGCACGCGUGCGCAGCGGAGCUGUCGCGGCAGUGGGGCGAGGAGGCGCGCGCGGACGACUGGUGGGCGGCGCGCGGCCUCGAGCCCGGCGAUUGGCACGCGCUCGCCGCCAACAUGCUCGUGGAGGUUUUCGACGCCGAGGUACUGGUGGCGCUGGAGGAGAGCGAGGCGCGGAUCGUGCUAGAAGCGGGCCCGGGGGUGGCGCGCUGGCGCGAGCUCGCCGCGCACUCCCCCGCGCCGCCCGACGUGCUCGCCGAGCGGGACGACUGGCGCCCCGCACCCGGUGUCUGGGGCGAGUGGAGCGGCACGCCGGCCCCGCGCGUGCCGCCGCCCGCCCUCGACGUGUCCGCCUUCAGCCCGCGCGCGCCGCACCUGCCGCCGCUGCCCGUCACCCCCGCCGUCGCGCUCGUGCUGCACAACCGAGAGUCCGAUAAUCCCGUCCCCCUGGAUUCAGAUCUGUGUAUGGAAAUAUUGAAACGUCUCGACGACGCGCCCGAUCGUGACGACGUUAGAGACGAAGUGGAGAGAUACCGUGGCGGUGGCAGUGAGGUGACGAGUGAGACGAGCGGAUCUGAGACGCCGGACGACGAGGCGUCCCGGGCGCCCCAAGCGGCAGCCACGCCGGACUCCGCGCUAUGCAGAAUAUCCCCUUCAACUGAGAGAGCUGCUUGCAGGUGGACACUCACAGGGCGCGGAGUUCGCUUACGAGCUGACCUCGCGAGCCCUGAAGAUGUUACCCUCGACAUUGACCGCCAUGUUGGCACUUCCGUUUGA